AUGGCGCAGGACUUCCCAGCGCACGCUUCGCCCACCCACUCGCCCACCAUACCCCCGUCCCGACCUCGCCAGCUAUCGGUCUCGAGACUCCAACUCGGCGACGACAUCAACGAGCAAGAAGAAGAUCCACAACAACAAGGGCCCCCGUUAAUCAGCCCCGCCUACACCCCUCCUCACACCCCGUCAAUCGACGCCCAAAGACACGACAGACAGCCCAAAAGCAUCCCCAUCGCCCCCUCCUCCGACGACCCCGAAGACGCAGCAGCAACCCGCGCGCGCUUCUCCCAGCCCCUCCCCAACGUGCAAUGCGAGGUCCGCGCCCGCAUCCCCACCACCUCCGGCCAGGAAAUGUGGCUGCAUCUCUACCAAAACGACGCGGAUGAGAAGGAGCACCUCGCCAUCGUCUUUGGCCCGCACAUCCGGAGUCGCAGUUUGGAUGCGCCGCGGCCCGGCGAGACGGAGAGGGAUCGCAUGAUUCGCGGGGCGUAUGUGGGCACACUAUACCCCGGUCGCACGACUAGUACGCUGGAAAAGAUCAAGCGGGACGAUGGCGUGCCUACGCCGAGGAAUGGGCCGGUCUCUACGAGUGCGUCGCAGCUUGCGGAGACGAUGAAUGAAGAAACACCGCCGGCGGAAACCGACUCGCAGCCGCCUACGGUGCGAAUCCAUUCCGAGUGCUAUACCGGCGAGACGGUCUGGUCUGCACGCUGCGACUGCGGCGAACAGCUAGACGAGGCCGCGCGAUUAAUGUCCCUCCCACAGCCCACACCCGCCUCAACCCCAACCAGCCAAGGCCAACAUCCGCUCCACACCAUGCUGCCGCCCACAGGAGGCGUCAUCAUCUACCUCCGCCAAGAAGGCCGCGGCAUCGGCCUCCUAAGCAAGCUCAAAGCCUACAAUCUCCAGGAUCUAGGGCACGACACGAUGGAAGCCAACCUCCUCCUACGCCAUCCGGGCGAUGCCCGCUCAUACGGCCUCGCGACCGCCAUGCUGCUCGAUCUCGGCCUCGGCGGUCCGCGCGGCAUCCGCCUGCUCACGAACAAUCCCGAGAAGGUGCGGGCUGUCGAGGGCCCGAAUCGCGAGAUCCGCGUCGUGGAGCGCGUGCCGAUGAUUCCGCUGGCGUGGCGGACGGGCGGCAAGGAGGGCAUCCGCAGCGAGGAGGUGGAGAAGUACAUUUCGACGAAGAUUGAGAAGUUCAAGCACAUGUUUAGCGCGGAGGGGUGA